AUGAAGCGGCAGAACCUCCGCACGGUCUCGCUGAUCGUCUGCGUUUUCUCCUAUUUGCUGGUGGGCGCCGCCGUCUUCGAUGCGCUCGAAUCCGAGGCCGAGAUCGGCCACAAGCGCCUCCUGGAGCAGAAGCGCAGCGACCUCCGAAGGAAGUACCGCUUCUCGGCGGAAGACUACCGGGAGUUUGAGCGGCUGGUCCUGCGGGCCGAGCCUCAUCGAGCCGGCCGUCAGUGGAGGUUCGCCGGCUCGUUUUACUUUGCCAUCACGGUAAUCACCACCAUCGGUUAUGGGCAUGCAGCUCCUGGGACUGAUGCUGGCAAAGUGUUUUGCAUGUUCUAUGCAAUCCUUGGUAUCCCACUCACACUGGUUAUGUUCCAGAGCCUUGGGGAGCGCAUGAACAUUCUUGUUCGGAUGUUGCUAAAAAAAAUAAAGCAGUGCCUGGGAAUGAGGCAGACAACAGUCUCCAUGAAAAAUAUGGUUGUGGUUGGUUUUCUCUCAUGUAUGGGGACAUUAGGCAUUGGGGCAGCUGCCUUUUCCUAUUUUGAAGGCUGGACUUUCUUUCAUGCCUUUUACUAUUGCUUCAUAACAUUGACCACCAUUGGAUUUGGAGACUUUGUUGCCCUGCAGAAACAUGAAGCUUUGCAGAAGAAGCCCCCCUAUGUAGCAUUCAGCUUUAUGUAUAUCCUAGUGGGCUUGACAGUGAUUGGGGCCUUUCUUAACUUAGUGGUCUUUAGAUUUUUGAUCAUGAACUCAGAAGAUGAGCGUCGGGAUGAAGAAGAGAAGGCAUCUUUAAGGAGAGCCAGAAAUUACAUCAACUUGAAACCCAGGGAAGAUAGCAGAAGUACAAAUGAGAUCUUGCUCCCUGUAGAAGACAGGACCAGUCAGAUGAACCUCAUCCCAUUGAUCCAUGAUGAUGCUGAGCGACAGAGGGGCAAAUCCUUGGUUUCUACCACAAAAGUCCCUUCCUUUUGUACAUGCCUAUGUUACAGGCCACGGAUGAACAGAAGCCCAGAUCCUCCCCAUCCUGAACCCUUCAACUGUCAUACAAAUCUGGUUUAUUAUAACUCAAUUUCUUACAAAAUCAUGGAAGUCUCCCUGGGUGGUAAGGAUCACACUGGCUUGUCUUCCCCUGGCAGUACUUUGUCAUCUGAUAGUCCCAGUUGCCGAGGGCACUCCAGAGUCCGGAGAAAGUCUAUUUGAAA